CUGAGCUUCGUAGGUUAUUUCUUUAAAACCUAAAUUCAUCAUUGGAGUGUUAACUUAUAAUUUUUUUCGUUUUCACGACCACAAUUAAAAGCUGCGUAGAAGCUCCCCUUAGUUUAAUAAGGAUGCCCUUAUUUUCUGGUUCAACCCGUGAACUUGAAAAGGCAUAUUUUCAACUUAAACUAUCAUCGAAACAAAUGGAGAGACUUGCUAUAAAAGCUGAAAAAUCUCAGAAAACUGAGGAAGCUAAAAUAAAGAAGUCAAUUCAACAAGGUAACAACGAUGGUGCUCGUAUAUAUGCUGAAAAUUCUAUAAGGAAAAAAAAUGAAGCACUUAAUUACCAUCGAAUGGCCAGCAGACUUGACGCUGUUUCUCAGCGCGUUCAGACCGCAUUAACAAUGAAGUCCGCUACGAAGUCGAUGACCACAGCAGUGAGGGGAAUGAAUGCCGCUCUCGAAUCAAUGGAUUUACAGAAAAUAACGGCUAUUAUGGAUAAAUUUGAGUCUCAAUUUGAAGACCUUGACGUUCAAACCAGAGUUAUGGACAGCUCCAUGGCGGGUAUGAAUGCACUAUCCACACCUGAAGAUCAGGUUGACAUGCUCAUAAACAAAAUGGCUGAUCAGCAUGGCUUAGAGUUGUCUCACGAAUUAGACGCAUCUGCGGUGGGUUCAGCGAUGCCUUCUCUUUCUAGCGAAGAAGAUGCUAAAUUGAUGGAAAAGUUAAAGGAGCUUCGUAAUUUGGACGAGUAGCCAUAGGCGUUCACUUAUUAAAACUAUUAUAUUUAUUAGCUAGAAACCGCUACUCUGUUCAGCUAAAAUGGGAUUUUAAUGUUUGGUACAAGGUAUCAAGCCUUUCCUCUAUAAACCGUAAAACUACUCGUUCUUUUCUCGAAGGGUAAAGAAAAAGGAAAGGUAUUAACAAAAACUAUAAAGUUAAAGCGUUUGGAGGCCGGAAAGAAGGACGUAUUCUAACGGGUAGCUUGAGUUUCACUAUAUAUUUAUUACCAUUCUUUUAAUAUUAACUUAUUAAAA